AUGCUGUUGAAGCACUCAUGGCCAUGGCCGAGGAUCCUCAGAGGCGGCUUACUGUUACAGUUGUUCGUUGCUGCUAUGCUAUUCGUGUCUUUAUCGCAUGUUAAAGCGGAUAUCAAACUAUCGCAGACCUACUUUAAUAACAUGCCAUUGAGAUUUUUCUAUUUCGACGAUUCUUCGGUUGUUAUGUAUCUUAAUGACGAAGGCACUGUAUUACGCUCGGAGGAUGAAGGCGCCGUAUGGAAAAUAGUUGAUGGCGUACCUGAAGGUGUUGCUUCAACUUUGAUCCAACAUCCAUUCUCGAAAAGAAACGCAUAUAUCAUAACUGGCGGUACGACGCACUACAAAACAACUGAUAGCGGGAAAUCAUGGAAAAUGUUCACAACGGAAGUUGGACCAUCAAAAAGGAGUACUGUUCUAUCGUUCCACGCUGGCAGACCUGAUUACAUAUUAUUUAGAGGAACGAGAUGUACGGACGGUAGUGGUUGGGGAGCUGAUUGUGAUGAUGAGACAUAUUAUUCGCUAGAUAACUUGGUCUCGUCAAAGUUACUUCUUAGUCAUACCGACAAGUGCAUUUGGGCAAUGGCAACCAGAGAUUCUGAUGAGGCACCGGCCAAAACCGUUCUCUGCAUAGAAUAUGGACAACCUGUUGGCAGACUCCGUGAUUUUUCUGAUUACCAUUUAGUACGCUUUACCGAUCUUGUCACUAAAGAACGCGUAAACUUUGGACAAUUGAACGAAGUUAACGGUGUCCUUGGAUUAGGAGUUGUAAAGAAAUAUAUAAUCGCAGCAGUGAAAGAGCCUGACUCAUCAAAGAUGACUAUGUUUGUAAGUGAGGACGGUAGGGACUGGGAUAAGGCACUGUUUCCACAUACUGUUGGGUUUGAGGAAAAUGCGUACACUAUACAGGAAUCUUCAACGUAUCAGUUGGUAGUAGAUGUGCUUUCAGCGACGUCAGCAGAUAUCUAUUCUUCUAUGGGCACCCUGUUUAGGUCGAAUUCUCACGGUAAUAGAUUCAUGUACUCGCUAAACCAUACUAAUAGGAACAUGGAAGGGUUGGUCGAUUAUGAAAAAGUGCAAGGAGUAGAGGGAAUCGUGCUAGCAAACAUAGUUGCGAAUUGGGAGAAGGUUGCAGCUGGUGGUGUAAUUGCUAAACAACUUCAAUCGCAAAUCUCAUUUGACGACGGUGCAACUUGGCGAUUUAUUUCUCCUCCGAAGGAUUCUUGUACAGACACUACAACGGGAAAAUGCGCACUACAUCUACAUUCUGUUACUAGUCCACAUAAUUUUGGGCGUGUCUUCUCAUCGCCUGGCGCCCCCGGAGUAUUAUUGGGAGUUGGUAGUGUUGGUUCUUUCUUGCUACCUUACGAGGACUGCGAUACAUUUGUGUCAUACGAUGGUGGGUUGAGUUGGCAGUUUGUAGCGGAAGGAGCCCAUAAAUAUGAAAUAGGAGAUAUGGGUUCACUGCUUGUGAUCGUUGACGACGAGAAUCCAACUUCAGAGAUUAAAUACAGCAGCGACCAUGGAAAGACUUGGCAAAGCCGUAGCAUUGGCCAGAAGGUUCGAGUGAGGAUGCUUACAACCGAUCCGGAAUCCACUUCUGCCAAAUUCUUGCUUUUCGGGUCCGUUAUUGAUCGAAACAAUGAAAAGCCAUACGUUAUGAUCCAGAUUGACUUUUCUGAUUUGUAUCGAAAAUGUGGAGAUAGCGACUACGAAGAAUGGUAUGCGAGGAAUAACAUUGACGGGAACGGACCUGAUUGUCUAAUGGGUCAAAAGACGUACUACAAGCGACGUAAAGCCGAUGCACAGUGUCUCGUCGGAAAGCCAUUUGAGGAUCCCAAACGCGUUGACGUUACCUGCCCUUGCACCGAUGAAGAUUAUGAGUGUGAUUUUAAUCAUGUGCUCACCAAUAACGAAUGCGUUCUUGUUGGACCACCGGACAUCCCAAAGGGUGAAUGUAGGGCGGCUGGCCAAACUUAUAAAGCCUCUUCAGGAUGGGUUAAAAUUCCCGGAGAUGUCUGCGACGGCGAUAUAGCCAAAGACAAGCCUGUUGAAAAACCGUGUCCUGCCCCUAUUGAAAGCCCAACCGGAGAGAUCGUCACGACCAAAGUCGAUGAAAUUUUUGACAAGUUCUUUUACUUUAAAUCGUCUACGGUUAUCAUGGCUAGAACUUAUGAUGGCUAUGUACUACGAAGCGAAGACGACGGCUCUACUUGGGAACGUGUAGCGAAACUCGAAAAGAUAUCCUACAUGUUUAUGGAUAACCACGACGAUGAUAUAGCUUAUUUCUUCCCUCUCUCAUUGGACAGCGACAAGGUAUAUUACACUAACGAUCAGGGUAAAACGAUAAAAGAAGUUAAUCUUCCCGGUACACCAAAUAAACUCGGCAUCGAAUUGUUGAGUUUUCAUGCUUCCGAAGACGAUUGGCUAUUGUUCAUAGCCGAAAAGAAUGAACCCGUAUAUCAUACAGUUGCUUAUCUAACAAAAAAUAAUGGCAAGAAAUGGGAAGAGAUUGAAACUUGGGUUGAGAAAUGUAUAUUUGGCAAUUCUGAAGAUAAUACGAUCGACAAGGAAAUGAUAUUUUGCUCAGCCUACGCCAAUAAAAAGUCAGAGAUUAGACAAAAUCUCUUAGGUGGACGCUCAUCUGCUGGAAAUGUGUUGCAAUUAGUUAGCAUAAAAGGAAAUGAGAUUAAAGUAUUGUUGAAUGACGUAGUAGAGUUCUUUAUGUUUAACGAAUUUAUGGCUGUCGCAGUGGAAUCAAACAACGAAUUGAUUCUAUAUAUAUCAAAAAAUGGUGUAGACUUCAAACCAGCUGCUUUCCCGCCUGAAAUUCAUGUCAAGAAAGAGGCGUACACGAUCCUCCAAUCAACUACGGGCGCAGUAUUUCUAGACGCUUUUCGAUCCACUAAAUUUGGAGCAGAAUAUGGCGUUCUAUUUAAAUCCGACGGAGAUGGCACAUCCUAUUCUCUCAGCAUGGAAUUCACUAAUCGUAAUAGCUACGGAAUUGUAGAUUUUGAGAAAGUACAAGGAAAAGGAUUGGAGGGUAUUAUUCUGGUCAAUCAAGUUAGCAACACGAAUGAAUUGAUUGGUGAUGGUAAAAAGAAGAUUAUUACGAAAAUCAGUCGUGAUGACGGUGCAACUUGGGAGCGCAUUCCUGCCCCCCAAUUUGAUAACAAACACAUAAGACUUCCCACGUGUGCAAGUGAUUGUUACUUAAACUUACACAGCCGUACGGAAAUCUCUGGUCCUGGUGCAAUCUUCAGUGCUUCAUCUGCUGUAGGUCUUUUAAUGGGUGUCGGCAAUGUCGGACCAUAUCUACUUCCAUACAACGAAUGUAACACAUAUCUCAGCAAAGAUGCCGGUCAUACUUGGGUACAAGUUAGACUAGGCGAAAGUUUGUAUGAAUUUGGGGAUCAAGGCACAGUUAUAGUUGUUGUCGACGAUGAGGGACCUACAAAGGAAAUCUUGUACAGUUGGGAUUAUGGCGAAUCGUGGGCGCCGCACCAAUUCUCAGAAAAGCCGGUUCGGGUGACUCUUUUAACAACUAAUCCUAAAUCAACGAGUCUUAAGUUUCUUUUGAUGGGAACUUACCGCGAAUCGGAUAAUGUUGCUAAGCCAGUUGUUUAUACUAUUGAUUUCUCCCAAUUGGAACCGAGGAAAUGCAAACUCGAGGAUAAUCUAUCAGACAGUGAUUUCGAAUUAUGGAGUCCAUUAGGAGAUACUGAAAAAUGUCUAUUAGGAAAAAAGACAAAAUAUUAUCGACGCAAGGCUGACCGUCAAUGCAAGAUUGAUCAUCAGACAGAGCUAAACACAAAAGUAGAAAAAUGUCCAUGUCAAGAUAAUGAUUUCGAAUGUGCGCAUAACUACUGGCGAAAUAGUGACGGCAAAUGCGAACUAUACGGAUUUGAUUAUGAUCGUCCUGAUAACUGUGAGAAGGAUUAUCAGGGAAGUUCUGGUUAUCGCAAGAUAUCGAAAUCAGUAUGUGAGGGCGGUAAAAAUCUUGAAGGAAAAGUCACAAAGCCUUGUGGCGAUCACGCCGGUAUUAUUGUGAAGCAGACAAUUUUCGAUUCGCGUAUGGCAGAAUAUUUCUAUUUCGAGGGAAACGACAUCGUUAUUAUGCGUACCACAGAUGGCAAAGUUUUCCUAACAGAAAACCAAGGCUACACUUGGGAGGAAAAAAUUAAGGAAGUGAAGAUAAACAGAAUUGCUCCACACCUGUAUGACAAAAAGCGAGCUUACUUCAUCUCACUGUCGAAAACACUCUAUUACACUAAGGAUAUGGGGAGUACGAUCGAUGAAAUUACACUUCCAGCAGAACCAAAUACGCUAAACGUCCCCGUACUUGCAUUCCACCCGACGCGAAAUGAUUGGCUAAUCUUCAUUGGGCAAGAAGGAUGUGACAAUAUACUCUCACCUACGUGUCAUACGGUAGCAUAUUACUCACUAAACCGUGGUGCGAAUUGGAACCAGUUUGAUACCUAUGUUGGCACUUGUAUAUUUGCUCCCGAGGCGUUCAAAGAUCCAGAUAUGGCAUUCUGCGAAUCGUAUCGCGAUAAGGCAGGGACGCAACGUACCUUUGGGAAUACACUGCAACUUGUAUCGUUUAAUUUAUUUAAAGACAAGAAGGUUCUUACUCAGAAUAUAGUUGGAAUUGCAACAGUGGAAGAGUAUAUGGUCAUUGCUGAAUUAGUUGAAGACGGUCAGAGUCUUCGAUUAUUGGUUACUGUUGAUGGAAAGCAGCUUGCACCAGCAGACUUUCCACCCAAUAUGAAAAUGACCAAUCACGCUUUCACAAUUCUCGAGUCAAAAACGCACGCCAUCAUGCUUCAUGUGACCACAGAAUCACGUCGUCAGAACGAAUGGGGUAGCAUACUUAAAUCCAAUUCUAACGGCACCUAUUUCAGACUCUCUCUCCCAUAUGUCAAGCGAGAUGAUCGCGGAUAUGUUGACUUUGACAAGAUGCAGGGAAUUCAAGGAAUUGCUCUCGCGAAUAUUGUCAAAAAUCCUGAUGAAGUUAAUCUAGGGGGAGAAAAACAAAUUGCCAGUAAAAUUACAUACAAUGAUGGCGGAGAUUGGCAUGAUAUCAAAAGUCCCGAAGCGGAUUCUAAUCGAAAGAAAUAUGACUGCAAGGAUCAAUGUAACCUUCAUCUACACAGCUUUACAGAAUGGAGAGAUCCUCGUGACACUUUCAGCGCUUCAUCUGCAGUCGGUCUAAUGAUGGGCGUUGGCAACGUUGGCGGUUAUCUAACUCGAUACGAAGACGGUGACACGUUCUUGACGCGUGAUGGAGGCGUUACAUGGGAAGAAGUUAAAAAAGGUGCUCAUCUACAUGAAAUUGGUGACCAAGGCGCUAUUCUAGUCGUCGUAGAUGAUGAACAAGCUACAGACAAAGUAUGGUAUUCAUUUGAUGAGGGCGAUUCGUGGCAUUCGUUGAUCAUCACAUCGAAUGGUGAGCGUGUUAGAGUGAAAGACAUUGCUACUGUUCCUGGCGGUACAAGCAGAAGAUUCCUACUAUGGGGUCAUGUGAUUGGAGAAUAUAGUAAAGAGAUAGCAGUGCAUCUUGAUUUUGCUGGAUUGCUUGCACGAAAAUGUGAAUUAGAUAUCAAGAAUGCCGAUAACGAUGACUUUGAGCUUUGGACUUUGAAACGACCAGACGGUGAAUCUUGUGUGUUCGGCAGAGAAGUAAAGUACAACAGAAGAAUACGUGGUCAAAAGUGCUAUAUUGGAAGCGAAGUCAUACAACCAAAGGAGGUGGUCAAGAAUUGCACAUGCACAGACUAUGAUUUCGAAUGGCAAGUAGAAAGAAAUGCUGAAUACAAUUACCUUCGUAAUCCUGAGACCAACAAGUGUGAGUUGGCACCAGGCACUUCCCCAAUAACCAUUGAUAUGAAAGAACAAUGCUCCAAGUCAGACUAUUACUACGAGAAAAUAACAGGUUAUCGCAAGAUUCCCAUUUCGCAAUGUGAAGGUGGUGAAGAUAAACGCGGUCCACGCAGACGAUGCCCAGGAAAAGGUUAUUCUGCAGGCACAUGGUUCCUGAUUAUCCUUUCGCCAUUUGUUGCUGCUGGCGCAUUCUUAGCGUACGUCCUCUAUAAACGUCGUGGAAGAUACGCUACAUAUGGCCAAAUAAGACUAGGAGACACGCCCAGUUCCAGCUUGCUUGAAUAUAUAUACACAGUUCCUAUCACGAUUCUCGAUCUUAUAUUAUCAAUUCGUAUACCCGAGUUCAUCUCUCGUCGUAUGCCCGACAUUCCGCUAUUUGGUUCUGGCGGGGCACGGUCACGCACCAGCCAUCAAUAUACGCCA